CUAUAAAAGUGGUGGUGGGAGGAUUUUGCAGCAGACAGAAAGUAUGCUGCCAUACUGGGGACACCGAGAGGGGCAUGUCACAUGUGCCCAGGGGAGUGGCGCUGAAUGGGCCUUGCCGAACCUUCAGGAUGAUUGACAGUACUCUUUGGUGAGUCAGAGAGCAGGAUGUCUGGUGUGCCCUGCGGGGCUUCACAUCAUCAAGCUGUGCCUGUUGCCUAUGCCCUUGUGCUCUCCUGGCUACUGCUCUUGGUGCAUGCUGCCUUUAGCCAGAAACCCGCUAAGCUGCCCCUGGUGGGCCGCAAGCCAUUCCUGGCUGCCUGGAAUGCUCCAGUGGACAUGUGCACCCUCAAAUACAACGUGAACGUCAACCUUGACCUCUUCCACAUCAGUGGCAGUCCACGAGCUGUCCACACAGGCCAGAAUGUCACCAUCUUCUAUGCUAACCGCCUGGGCUACUACCCAUUCUAUACAGAGCAAGGGGUGCCUGUGAAUGGAGGCCUACCUCAGAACUGCAGUCUGGAAGCACAUCUCAGCAAGGCCAGCAAAGACAUUACACACUUCAUUCCCUCAGAGGACUUCCAUGGCCUGGCGGUCAUCGACUGGGAGUAUUGGCGGCCACAGUGGAGUCGCAACUGGCAUAAGAAGGAUAUCUACCGACAACGCUCACGUGAGCUGGUCUCCCAGGCGUACAUCAAUGUGACGGAGGAACAGAUUGAGGAGCUGGCACGUCUGCGCUUUGAAAAGAGUGCCAUGGCCUUCAUGCAGGAAACACUACAGCUGGGCACCCAGACUCGACCCAAAGGCCUCUGGGGCUACUACCUAUAUCCAGACUGCCAUAAUUACAAUGUACAUGCACACAACUACAGUGGUUCCUGCCCCAUGCUGGAGAGCCUCCGCAACGAUGAGCUGCUCUGGCUGUGGAACAGCAGCACUGCCCUCUUUCCUGCCCUGGCCAUCCGUAAAGGCCACAUGGACAGUGUUCGCAACCUGUAUUUCUCCCAGAACCGUGUACUGGAGUCUCUGAGGCUGGCCUCACUGCCCUCACUGCCCUAUGAGCUGCCCACUUACGUGUACACAAGGUUGGGAUACAGAGAUGAAGCAAUGGCGUUCCUGUCACAGAACGACUUGAUGCACACAAUAGGGGAAAGUGCUGCUUUAGGUGCUGCGGGCUUUGUGAUCUGGGGAGACCUUAACCUCACGUCUUCUAGAUACAACUGUUCCAAGGUGAAAGCAUUCCUGAGCCACAGACUGGGCCGGUACAUCACCAACGUGACCCGGGCAGCUGAAGUAUGCAGUGAAUUUUUGUGCCAGUCCAAUGGCCGCUGUGUCCGGCGAAACCCGCAAGCAGCGCAUUAUCUGCACCUGAGCCGCACCAGCUACCGCAUCCUGCCCAACCGCAAUGGCACAUUUACCGUCACUGGGUGGCAUUCACAGCACGAGCUGCAGCUUCUCGCCGAACGAUUCCGCUGCCACUGUUAUCAGGGUUAUGAGGGAGAGUGCUGUGACAGCUCUGAGCCAACACAGGAAGAGGAGGAUGAGGAGAAGGACAAGAAAGGGCAGGAGGAAGGGGCGGAGAGCUCUGCUGUGUGUGUGGGAAAUGCCCUUUCCCUGGUUGUGCUGCUUGUUCUGUUUACUUUUAGCUGUGUUUGAAGCAGCCUGCUACAGUUAUCUGAUGGCACAUGCAGUGACCUAUGUUUGUAUUUAGACACUUUAGAGUAGGCCUUUACAUAAUGUCUUGAUUGUAUACCAUAUGUUAGUGAUAAGGUUCCCCAAAGCAAUAGAACAUUAUGGGGAACAGUCAAGCCUUGUUGUGAGUUAGCAUUACUAAUUAUUAAUUACUGUUUUACUGUACUUAACUGUGUCAUUUUACAUGUAGCCCUACUCGAAAAGUGAGCCUUGUUUGCACACAAUACAUAAUAACCCUACACUAUGUAAGCUAUGUAAGUAUAGACUGUUUAGCUUGUCACUUAAGUUCUCUAUAAAAUCUGUAUUCGGUUUUGACUGGAAACUCUAUGCAUCUUUUAAGGCACUGACGUUACCCAGUGAAUCCAAAGUUGCAGUUCUCGCCCUGUGGACACUGCUUGCUGCACGAUUACUUGAUUUCAGGGAGUACUGAUCAAUCCAGUAGACUUGAGGAUACAAUCUGACGUAUCAGUUUUGCACUUAAUUGCAGUUUGUGUUUAAUACUUGGCUUUAUCACCCAAGUUGCCUAAUACAAGAAGAACCUCUCAUUUCAUUUUUAGGGUAGUUACAUCUCUUUCUUCAUCAUAGUUUCUAAGCAUGCUCACUGGUGUUCACUGGUGUUGGGGAAGCUACACUACAAAUGUCAACAAACAAAAUCAAACAAUCUAUGAAUUACACUAUUGUGGCAAUAAUUAAAUGACCAAUCCAUAACAAUAAGCAUGUAGUCAGACAUACAGUAGCUUAAAUAGUUAGGCCUACAACCCUCUGCCACCUAACAAUAGUCUAAUCCUAAAUGUAGGAAUAACUAUAAACCAGUGUCUGGUCAUGUGUAACACAGUCUGUUGAUUUGUCCAAGUUACCUAACUGCUUGGCAAAAAGGGAACUAAACGGUUUAUGAACCAAGAAAACUAUCACACCACUAUGAAAUGUAGCGAAGGUAUGGCUCAGUUUCCGGUAACAUACAAAACACUUCAGCUUUUAUGCUCAUUCAUUUUCAGGUCUUCAUUUCAUCAGUUCAUCCCACAGGAAAAUUCAUGAUGAAUGCUACAAGACCUUUAGGACUUUUUGAACUUUUUAAAAGUUUUAAAAUCUAUCUUUCUAGUGACUUUUUUCUGAGUACUCUUAGAAUGUUUCCAAAGAUGUACAGAAAUAAACUGAACAAAUUGUGUGAUUGCUUUUUCUAUCUACAUGUGCAUGAGCAAAUUUUCAGAUUUAAGAGUUUAGGAUAAGGUGUUUGAUAUUAAAUGCUGAUUAAAACUGCCAAGCUAUAACCUUUGCAUUUCCCUUUGUGAGCCAAUGCACAAAAAAGAAACAGGAAACAGGAGUUCAGGGUAAUUACCUCAAUUCUUUCAGUAGCUUUUGUCCAUUACAGCUUUUAAAAUAUGGCCAUAAGAUCUUCUUCACUGCCACUUGCUUUCAGGAAAAGGUGAAGGUAUCUUAUCCAUCUUGCUUAUAUACAAAUUACCACCUAAAUAAAUCAACAAAUUAAUAUAGUUUUUAAUUUUUCCUUCUGUUACAUUUGUAUGCCAUUUUUGUAAUUACCUCAUCUCCUCAUAAGCCCACAUUUGGCCAUCAUUAACAUUUCAAGUAAUAUGCAUUGUGUACUGACU